CAGCUGGAGGCGGCGCGCGGGCCCGAGACAGUUGACGGUUUGCUUGGCGGUUUGGUCUGGUCUCCCGCCGUUUCCGGUCGGGGUUGGCACGGACCAGCGAAGCGCCGGUGCGGUGGCGAUCGGGGCGGGGCUUGUGCGCAGACGCGGGGCGCGGCCCGUGUUCGUCAAGUCGGGCGCAGGACACCCGGUGGACAAAGGCAGCAGCGUUGUGGAGCCGCCACGGAAGGGGGCAGAAUUUCACCCUGUGAUCUCCAAGAGAGACAGAAGAAGACAAUGGAUCCUGAAAGGCCACCAGAACCUGUUGGUGCGACUCCUGCGGAGAGUAAAGAGGAUCCAAAGAAAGUGGAUUCUGAACAGGCACUGUCAGCAGAACCUGAGCCAGAGUUUGUGGACAUCAAAGGAGAUCAGGAGGUGCAGAACAGGACAAAGGAAGGUGAAAGACCACCCUCAGAGCCACAACCCAAGGCAAUAGAAGAAAAGAAUGUCCAGAGAGGAGACUCCAACGAAUCAUCUAAACAAGAUCCGUCAGAGUCGCUUCACUCUUCAGCAUCAGGGUAUCAUCGUCCAUUGAACGUGGAAGGAGAAAUGUUUGUUUGUUCUGUAUGUGGAAAACGAUUUAAAACAUUAGUGUGGAUGGAAAAGCACCGAGAUACACACACGAGAGGACGAGUGUUCCAGUGCUCUGACUGUGGAAAGAGUUUUACCCAGUUGCAUAGCCUGAGAAAUCACUGCAACAUUCACAGCCAUGAGAAACCAUACACCUGCUCUAUAUGUGACCGGACGUUCAGUGGGUCAGAUAGCUUGAUGAUGCACAAGUGCAAUGAUACAGGCGAGCAACCCUAUAAAUGUGGUGUCUGUGGGAAGGGGUUCAGUUAUCCAUCAAAGCUGGAGACCCACUGGCGCAGUCACACAGGGGAGAGGCCCUUUAGUUGCUCAGUGUGUGGAAAGAGAUUCACUCAGACAUCCAACCUCCUGACUCACCAGCGCAUUCACUCUGGUGAGAGACCUUUCACCUGCUCGGUGUGUGGAAAGGGAUUCACUGGUUCGUCCAACCUGCAGAUACACCAGCGAACUCACACGGGAGAGAGGCCGUUCAAUUGCUCCCUGUGUGGGAAGGAAUUUACUCAAGCGUCCAGUUUGCUUACCCACCAGCGCAUUCACACCGGGGAGCGGCCAUUCACCUGCUCCAUGUGUGGUAAGGGAUUCACUCGAUCCUCACACCUUCUGACCCACCAGCGCAUUCACACUGGGGAGAGGCCCUUCACCUGCUCUUUGUGUGGGAAGGGAUUCACUCGGUCAUCGCAUCUGGUAACGCACAGGCGGGUUCACACUGAUGACCGGCCAUUUAAAUGCUCUGAGUGUGGAAAGACAUUCAAGGGCUCUGAAGAACUUAUGAAACACCAACGGAUUCACACUGAUGAAAGACCUUGUGGUUGUACCCUCUGCGGGAAGAGGUUCAGGCAGCUGUCGCACUUACUUACUCACCAGCGAGUUCACACUGGGGAGAGACCAUUCAGCUGUUCCAUAUGUGGGAAAGAAUUUACUCAGUCCUCCCAUCUUCUAAGGCACCAGCGACUUCACAGUGGGGAGAGGCCUUUUAUCUGCUCCACGUGUGGUAAGGACUUCACGCAGUGGGCUGAUUUGCUGACACAUCAGUGCACGGCCACCAAUCAGGCACAGCCAAACACAGAACCUAUGGUCUUACUUCAGUUCCAGGUAUAACUUUGUUCAUUUUCGGCAUGGUCAAGAUUGUUUGAAGAACCCAGAUGUGCUGAAAGUCACCAUAUGAAUGCAAUUAUUUUGUUCAGAUCCAACAAGUUGUAUUUCUGCAGUGCCUGUGAUGUUUAAUAAGAUUCCAAGUUCCUCAUAUUCAACAAGCACCGAAUAAUUAAGAGAGAGAGAUUAGAAGGCCUCAAAAUAAACUUUUAUUAAGGAGCAUUUUGUUUAAGAUGUGUAGGAUCCCUAUGCCUAAAAGGCAGGGCCCCAGUCAUGGAGCAAAGGAAGGUGGAGCAGAAUCAGGAAUGGAGUAUCCGUAGGAAAAUGUAACAGGAAGAGUAGAGACUGGGGCAGUGUUAGCACUAAUAACAUGAAAUGUUUUAGUUUGGGAAGGCAGUGGAAAUCAAUAAUAAAUGUAGAAUUAAGGAGGAAACUUUUUCAUUCACCACCAUGAGAAUAUCACCAAUCAACGUGAUUUCAGAAGAGGUUAAUCCUAUCAUUCUCGUGUAUGCCCCUCUGUGGGAUGAUGUUUUCCCCGAUUCCUGGCACAGUGUAAAUACAAAUUGUUGGAAGUUCCUGAUGCUAAUUUCUUCAAGAAAGUGAUUCUGAUAACUGAACAAUGCAAUAUACCUCGACUUUCAGGUUGUUGUCAAAGUAACACAUGCAAGGCAUCAUGUAAAGAACGAAACCAUGGGAUUUCCUGACUGACAUUGGGGCUCAUUGGAAGAGUUGUCACGCUGUGAGAAGUUCUGAAUGGGUUCUUCUGAGCUGCAAAUUGGGACCAUUGCUGCUGCUAUUUUCAAUCAAUUAUUUGAUUCAAAGUGUCAGUGCAACAUGGUGGAAUUCCAGAUAACAAUGACCUACACGGUUCAGUCAAAUCCAAGAUGCCAGUUGAGAAAUGGCAGUAAGAAUAGGUGAUAGAUCAUGGAUGAAUGUAUGGGUAGGUAGAAUAUGGAAUUUGGUGAAGACAAGUAACCCAGUAAUGUACAUAUAAUGGAGAAAAUUGUGUUAUAAAAUUAAAGAAAGACUGAAAAUUAAACUCAUUGUGUCCAACAAAAGCACAAUAGAUGCCUGUAAGAUGUUGAUCUCCAGAGCCCAAAAGAGGCAAGUGCUCUGUCGGGUCAGACCACACCAUAAGUCCUUUGACCAGUUCUAACUUUGGCAGCACUGAGUUUUUGCUUUAGUGUCAGAUGGCUGCUCUAUGAGGAAAUAAGGAAAAUAGCUUGAGAGUGUGGUGUUUCCAAUCAGGUAGGAAGGAAUCUAAAUAUGUUGAUGUUUUAAAGGACAAGCAGCAUAUGGAUUUGCAGGAUUAACAGAACUUUAGAACAGCAUCAUUCUGGCCAUUGGGGAUGGUUUUGGUUGAUGCCAUUAACUCCUCUAACUGGAUUGAAGAAUUCAUGUACUGGGUAUAGAAUGGAUAAAUCAGUUUUCUUUUGAGCACCGUCCGAUCCUCGAUCUCUCCGGUAAAGCUGAGAAAACAGCGACAAACAAAAGGAGGAACUGCAGCUGUGGUGUCGUGUAUAAUAUAAGCAACUUGUCAGGGGUAAAGGGGAGAGUGAGGUAGGUACUACUGUAAAGGAGGCAGUGCAGAGACUAAUAUGGGCUAUUACUUAGCAGGAGGCUUUGAACGUCCCAUGUGGAAGCUGGCCAGUACAGAUAUCAGUACUAACAUCCAUCCAUGUUGUGAAUGUAUUUGUGGCACAAGAUAACACAAUGUAGAUAAAGGUGAAGGUUUGAGCAGGAGCCAUCAAUUCAAUGCAAUUGAAGAAGGAUCAAUGGAUUGAUGUUAACAAUAACAGCCUAGUAUGGAAGCAGUAUGUCUGGUUUCUGUUACAAAUAUCUUGGAAAAAGUGUAACUGUUGUGCAAGUUUUUUUAUUGUCGACUGGUAAGACAUGAAAUCUAUUACUUUCCAGUCAUGAUGUAGCAUAUUCUGUACCUCACUGUCAGCUGGUGCAGUAGCAUAUAAAAGGAUCCCAUGACAAUAUCUUGGGAUUGAAUGUUCAGACCAAGCCACCGGAUAUUGCAUAGAAACUAUUUGUAAAUAUGAACUGUUUUUAGUAGUUUUGUACACAGUGCUGACGGCUCGCUUGAGAUGGAAGUUCACAUGCUCCAAUGGAUAUCCUGUUUGUAAGCAUUUAGGCAUAUAGAUUGCUUGUACUUUGUCUAUUCAAUAAACCAAGUUGAUUUAA